GACGCGUGCGCGCGCCACUACAAAUCCGGGCCUUCAAAUCUCGGCGCUCGUCAGACGGACUUUGCGUCCGUCUCGGCCGGCGCUGCUUUUAACGUAGUUCCGUUUCUCCCUUCCCCUUCACCCAGUUUGUCUGAUCCGAUGGCAGGGGAGGGUUGCCAUGCUGCCUGGCUGUGACCAUGGAGGCCACAGGGAGCCUCGGACCCGGCGACCCGCAGCCCCCCGGCACCGCUGAAGGAACUGCGCCGAUGGAGAGGAGCGGAAGGGAAGCGACCUCCGAGGAGAAGAGCGUGGGGUUUGUGUUGGUGCACGCAGGGGCAGGCUAUCAUUCUGAAUCCAAGGCCAAGGAGUAUAAACAAGUUUGUAAGAAAGCUUGCCAAAAGGCAAUCGAGAAACUGCAAGCUGGGGCGUUAGCUGUCGAUGUAGUUACAGCAGCCCUUAUUGAGCUAGAGGACUCUCCUUUCACUAAUGCAGGAAUGGGAUCCAAUCUUAAUCUAUCAGGGGAUAUAGAAUGUGAUGCCAGUACAAUGGAUGGAAAGUCCUUGAACUUUGGAGCUGUUGGAGCGCUCAGGGGGAUCAAGAAUCCAAUCUUAGUUGCAAAUAAACUGUUAAGUGAAGCACAGAAGGGGAAGCUCUCUGCUGGCAGAAUUCCUCCUUGUUUUUUAGUAGGAGAAGGUGCUUACAAAUGGGCAGUAGACCAUGGAAUUGUACCAUGUCCUCCUGACAUAAUGGCAACAAAGUUCAGCUUAUCUGCAUUUAGGAAAAACAGACGAAAGCUGGAGCUUGCAGAGAAGGUGGAAACAGAAAUGAUUCAGACAAAGAAGAGAAGAGAAGUGUCUGAAAACACUAACGUCACAGCUUCACUUGAUACUGUUGGGGCAGUAGUUGUGGACCAUGAAGGAAAUGUUGCUGCUGCUGUUUCCAGUGGAGGCUUGGCAAUGAAGCAUCCUGGGAGAGUUGGCCAAGCGGCUGUAUAUGGCUGUGGUUGCUGGGCAGAAAAUACAAGUGGCCCUAAUGUGUAUUCUACAGCUGUGAGUACAUCAGGUUGUGGCGAACACCUUGUACGAACUAUGUUGGCCAGGGAAUGUUCAGUGGCCCUACAGGCAGAAGAUGCCCAUCAGGCUCUUUUGGAGACUAUGCAAAAGAAGUUUGUUCACUCACAUUUCAAGGCUUCCACCAGGAGCUGUGGCUGGACAGUCGCUAGCAAUAGAAGGUGGUGUUUGCAGGCUUCGAAACCCUGUGACCUGAAUACGCUUGACUUCUUUAACUGGCACCACACCACAGCCUCAGACUACCCAGCUAUAAUGUAUUUCAUAUAUUUUAAUUAUGUAAAGGAUAUUGAGAGUUUUAUCUUUUUUGAUACAAUAAUAAUUGCACUUUGUACUUUAUGUAUCCUAAUUAUGCUGGUAAGUGCUGCUUUAUUCUGAGCAUAGUAUCUCUGCUUAAAAUGAAGAUGAUUACAGUUGACUUCUCUAGAGUGUUAAUCCUGUUUGUCGCGAUUGUAUGUUAGACAAAAAAAAGCUUCCCUAAAAUACUUAAUGUGAAAGAACCCUUCUCAAUUGACUUGAGUUUCAUUCGAUGCAUAACAUUUCACGUUUGCCAUCUGAAAGAUUCAGAUAUAUCUAUAUACUACAUUAGGCACUAUAUUUAGUAGCCAUUGGGUGUCUAACUUCAAUAUUACUGGUUUCACUUCAUAAAGUAACUAAUAAUUUAGUUAACAUCACAAAUACCAACUUUGGAGCUGCUAGUCAAUUUGAGGUUUGAUCAGAUAUGUUCAUUUUACAUUUGCAGGGGGAACUAUAAUAGAUGUGAUUAUGUGCACAGCAGUGUGCUGUAACACAUUAAGCUUAGCAUUCAGUGAUCUAAAAGUGAAACUGUUAACCUUGUGCUAUUAGUACUAUCACGCAGGACAUGUUCCUGAAUUUAUUGGCAAUUUUGGCUGAAAAUAUGGUGGCGUGUAAUGUAGGUGAAAAUUAUAUACUUAAGACAUAAAUAGUAAAACUGCACAUUUAACAGGACUGUGCAAUGGGUGUAGGUCCUCAAUGUUUUUGUUUUUAUUUUUAAAUUGCAUACAAUUAACAGUCAUUAGGUAUACACUGAAGUUCAAAUUGACUGCAUCAUGAUAUCUUGUAAAACAGUCAUUCUUUCACAUUUUUCUUUAAUUAUAAUCUUCACCAAACACUGGUGUGCGCAGACACUUGAUUCUGCUGCUUUUGCACUUGGGCAGCUUCUUUUGAACAGGAGCACCUGAUGUGCUGGACCUGACUAGCUUGCAAUGCCAAUUCAUAUUUCAGCAUCCAUCCUAUUUGCUGUAUGAGACGUUGCUGUGCUCUACAGUGGAGCUUCUUUAUAACAUUGUGAUUAAUGAAUCUCCUAUUUAUAAUCUUUUACUGUUGUUCUGAAAUAUUCUACAAUAUUCAGUAGGAGAGAUUAGAACCUCAGCCAAUGAAUCAGUCCCUAAGAGUUGGACUGUUGAGGUUUGAAUGUAUCUGAUGUAUUAACCCCAGGGUAGUCUUUAUUUGUGGAUUUGGGACAAUCGUGAUGGCGAGUAAGUGAUAAAGUAUAAUGUUGAAAAUAGAUUAUACAUUUUCAGGAAAUUAAAUUGCAAUAUCUAUUCAUAAAGUGAAACAUUUCUCAAAUUAUUGCUAUUACGUGGCACUGUUCCAGUUGGCUUAUUUUUUCCAUUCCCUCAUACAGAUUUAAAAAAGUAAUGUCAUGGCUUGUCACCAAACCUGGUGACAUCCUUCUCCCUAAAUUUCAGGAUUGAGUUAAAAGAUGUGCCUCAAAGCUGCAUUUGAAGCAGUAUCAAACUUAUAACAUCAGAUUGGCAACUUGAAGAUUGUUUUGAAAUGCAGUUCUAUAUUAAAUAUGUGAUAGAAAACUACAAAGGACUAAAGGUUUUUAAUACCAUCAGAAAACCAAUGAUUUUGCAAUUUUUUCUUUAUUGAAAUGUUUAAUAGUGCUGAAAUUUGACUUACAGCCAUGGAAACCCAGAUUGUGAUGAGGAGAGAAAGGAAUCUGACUUCACUGACUGUGGGUUAAGUUUUUAGUGUGUAAAUUUGGAUAUUUUACAGUUGAGUUUAGAUGUGUUAUUGUACAUUGAGUUUACAACAAAAGGUAAAUAGUUUCGGAUAUGUAACUCGAUCUUGAGCAAGUUUUAAUCUUAAGAGAAUUGAUGUUGCACUGUAUUAAUUCCACUAUAUGUAAACUGCCAGGGCUAAAUGAAGAGCUUGCAAAGGUGCUCUUAAUUGAUGAUUACAAAUUAUAAUGCUGAUGUUUUAUAUCCUUUAAUAAAUUUUUUGGGAAAAAAGAUUCUCCCUUUCUCUCCCUUCCUCUUUCAAAAUGUAACCACCUGUGUGUAUAUGUCUGUUUGUAAAUUCAGCAAUGCAGGAAAGAUUUGGGCGUGCAAAGAAUUGUAGUCAAAGGGAAGUUGUAUGUCUGUUAAGAAAUUAAAAUAAAAUGCCAGAUAAAA